ACGUCACAUUGGAAUCCGACGUAUGACUUCACGAAUCAGCGUGAGAACCCCGUGUAUCCAUGACUACGCUCUGUAAAAAAAAACAUUUAGCAGCGUUUCUUGCAGCACAGAUUACUGUCUCUCAGCUACAGCAGAAAACGUUUUUAAACUUUUCAGCUAUUUUAACGAUAGUCAAAAUUGUAAACAGCCAGUUUAAGUUUGCAGCUUACUGAUCACUUUCCUCCAGUCCAGUGGAUUUAAACCAUUUUUAAAAUGGAUAGCGGAGACGGUGAGAUCAACGGCGCUAACCAAAAUGUGCAGCUAAGAUUUCGCCCGCUGCUCCAUUUAGUGGAGCGCUUUGAACAUUACGCUGCAGUAGGUCCAGAGAUGAGUUUGCUCCGGGAUACUAUCAUGCGUGGGUUGUUCAAUGAGUUCAGCCUGGAAACUGCGAUUGAAAUUUUUUAUAAUACUCUGGGGCUUGGAAAUAUUGAUGAUAUUGCACGAGUGGACCUAGCUCUGCAAGCAGCUGGCAUAGGAUUAAAUCCAGCAGUAGGAGCAGAAGGUCCCUGGGACAAUGAAGCACUACCUGUUCCAGCAGCUGACAUGGAAAACAACCUGGCCGGUUUAGCUGAAGAUCACUGGGACCAUCAAGGUCUUUAUCUACCGGCAGUAAAUGUGGGCAUUAAUCUGCCCCGGGAAGAAGAUCAGUUUGCUGAUGACAUGUGGUGGGUCUGGGAAAGUGACAUUGAUUCUGGCGCUGAAAAUGAAAGCGACCUUGAAAGCGAAUCUGAGGAUGAGGUCCCAGAGUUAAUACCUGUCAUCCCAGAACCUCAGGAAUCCGGGAGCCCUCCAAGAGAGGGAGCUGAUGAAAGCGAUCUCUUUGGCUCCAGGAGGCGCCAAAGAGAGGAAAAUAAUAAUGGCGACAGUAACGAGAUGAACAGGAAGCGAUUGAGGUUCCUCAACUCAGGCAACGAACCGUCAGACACCACCUCCGAAAGCCAGGCCUAUUAUAUGCCACAGCCUAAAGCAGCAGAGUUGCAGAGGCUGGAGUGA